AUGGCACCCUCCUUCAGCUGGUGGUCUAACAAAGACACCCACCGAGGCACACCCGUGGUGGUCAAGAUGGAGAACCCAAACUGGUCCAUGGUUGAGCUCGAAGGUCCUUCUGAGGAGGACUUCCUCAUCUCUGAGUCACCGGGUCGAGUUCGAGGCAAAAACGCCAAGCAGUUCACUUGGGUCCUCCUCCUCAAAGCUCACAGAGCCGCCGGUUGCUUAACCUCUCUCGGCUCCGCAAUGUUGGGCCUUGCCUCCGCAAUACGACGCCGUGUGGCCUCGGGUCGGACGGACACCGACACCGACGUCGAGCCCAUCGGCCGCGGCAGAGCAGUCGAGAACCCAGCCGUAAGGUGCAGGUUCUAUUUCUGCAUCAAGAUGUUUCUGUGGCUGUCUCUGAUUUUGUUGGGUUUUGAGGUGGCUGCUUAUUUUAAAGGUUGGCACUUUGGUUCACCGCAUCUUCAGCUUGAGUACUUGUGGGCUUCACCAAUGGGGGUGAAGGGAGUGUUUGAUUGGGUCUAUUCGAAGUGGGUUUUGAUUCGUGUGGAGUAUCUUGCUCCUCCACUUCAGUUCUUAACCACUGCCUGCAUUGUGCUUUUCAUGAUUCAGAGCUUGGAUAGACUAAUCCUCUGUUUGGGGUGUUUCUGGAUCCGGUUCAAGAAGAUCAAACCAGUCCCAAAAGAAGGUGCUUUUGAUCCUGAAUCUGGGGAGACUGGUUAUUUCCCUAUGGUUCUUGUUCAGAUCCCCAUGUGCAAUGAAAAGGAGGUUUAUCAGCAAUCAAUUGCUGCUGUGUGCAAUUUGGACUGGCCGAAAUCGAAGCUGUUGAUUCAAAUUCUUGACGAUUCUGACGACCCAACAACCCAAUUUCUGAUCAAAGAGGAUGUCCAUAAGUGGCAGCAAGAAGGAGCCAACAUUUUGUAUCGGCAUCGAGUGAUCAGAGAUGGAUACAAGGCUGGUAAUCUCAAGUCUGCAAUGAAUUGUAGUUAUGUCAAAGACUAUGAAUUUGUGGCCAUUUUCGAUGCCGAUUUUCAGCCCACCCCUGACUUCCUUAAGAGAACAGUCCCUCACUUCAAGGAUAAUGAUGACCUAGGGCUGGUUCAGGCUAGGUGGUCCUUUGUGAACAAAGAUGAGAACCUACUAACAAGGCUGCAGAACAUUAAUUUGUCAUUCCACUUUGAGGUAGAGCAGCAAGUGAAUAGCGUGUUCAUUAAUUUCUUUGGGUUCAAUGGGACAGCUGGUGUGUGGAGGAUACAGGCUUUGGAGGAAGCUGGUGGGUGGUUGGAGAGGACCACUGUGGAGGACAUGGACAUUGCUGUCCGUGCCCAUCUUCAUGGAUGGAAAUUCAUUUUUCUCAAUGAUGUUGAGUGCCAGUGUGAACUACCAGAAUCUUAUGAAGCUUAUCGGAAACAACAGCACAGAUGGCACUCGGGGCCUAUGCAGUUGUUUCGCCUCUGUUUGCCUGAUAUCGUAAAAUCCAAGAUCAGCAUUGGCAAGAAAUUCAAUUUGAUCUUUCUCUUCUUUCUGCUCCGGAAACUGAUAUUGCCCUUCUAUUCUUUUACCCUUUUUUGCAUAAUUCUCCCCAUGACAAUGUUCAUCCCAGAGGCUGAGCUACCAGCAUGGGUUGUAUGUUACAUCCCAGCUACCAUGUCAUUUCUCAACAUCCUCCCUGCCCCAAAAGCCUUUCCUUUCAUUGUUCCUUACCUUCUCUUUGAGAACACCAUGUCUGUGACCAAGUUUAAUGCUAUGAUAUCCGGCCUGUUCCAGCUUGGUAGUGCAUACGAGUGGGUUGUGACUAAGAAAUCCGGUCGUUCCUCAGAAGGUGAUCUUGCCUCCUUAGUUGAGAAAGAGCCAAAGCAUCAAAGGGGGGUGUCAGUGCCGGAUCUUGUCGAAAUGAAGGAAGAAAUUAGACAGCAGGAGCAAAGGGCUUCCAGGAAGAAGAAGCAUAACAGAAUAUAUACAAAGGAGCUGGCAUUGGCUUUUCUUCUUCUAACGGCUUCAGCAAGGAGCCUUCUGUCUGCUCAGGGCAUCCACUUCUACUUCUUGUUGUUUCAGGGGAUAUCGUUCCUGCUGGUUGGUUUAGACCUAAUUGGUGAGCAGGUGGAGUGA